AUGCGGUACCGCGUGGAGAUGGCCACAGAGCGCAGCGCCAUGCAGCCCCACCUGCUGUCCCGACUGAGAUCCCGGUGCCUCGAUGGGUUUUGCCUCGCCAUGUUGUGCAAUGAGUCCUCCAACAUUCGGGAGGGCCCGGCCUCCGGCAGGAACUGGCCUGUGCCGUGGCGCUACGGCUGCUUGGCGCUAGGACCGACAUUUCAGACGCUCAUGGGCCCUUGGAUGUUCGAUUCGCCAAGUUGGCCCCUGUCAGAGCUGGACGCCUUGCUGGACAACUCUGCGGACUUUUUCCGGCAGCUGUCGGUGAGGAGGCACUUCAAGUGGCUCCUCUCCUGGUUCUCCAGCACUGCGCACACCAACCUCUGGUUCAGCGGCUGCCCCAUAGGGGUCCUCACGCUGCGCCUCUUUACGGUGCUCAUCUCCAAUGACGCGGACCGCUGCAUCCAGAUGCGGGACGCGCGCAUGGGGCUCGACCUCAUCCACGUCCCUUUGGCCGACGUGGUCACCAGUGCGUGGCCAGCCUUCCGCAUCCUGGGCAUGCUGGCUGAGGAGUCUCGGCGCGUGAGCUUCCCCUUGGACAAUGCCUGCGAUGACUUGGACAGCUCCAGCGCAAGGCGCUUCCGGAGUCGUUUGGCGGAGGCGCUGCUGGAAGGUUCGGCAAUCCCCAAAGAGGCCGAGGACUUGCUGCGCGAGCCUCCGCCCCGCUGCGCCAUCGGCACCGCGGCCGCGCACUUCGCGCUGGCCGCAUGGAGCAAGUCCCCGGAGAUGCUGACGACAGGCCAGGAGAUCUUGCUGCAGUGGACCCCGCUGAGUCGUUCCCUGUACCCGCUGCUCACCACGCGGUGGCCGCUGUGGCAAGCGCUGGACCGCAGUUUGCGGAGCCCCAAACACGCGGACGCGGCGCCCAAGCGCGGGGCUCCCUUGGACCUGGACCUGGUCUUCUGUGGCUGGGCCUGGCCGGACGCGGAAAACCAGCUCCGCGCGCUGGGGCGUCGCUUGAAGUACCGCCUGCACUUCCUGCGGGCAGAGGCGGCAGCGUGCCCCGAGUUCUUCCGGGCCAUUGGUGAGUACAUGGAGGCCACUUUUGUCCUCAUGCUCUCGCCCUUGCUGUGGUCUGCUGACGGCCUGGAUGGAGCUCUGCAAGCCCUGACAGAGCUGGAUCUGGAGCAGUUCCCCGGGGAGGUCUUCGGGUUCCCCAGCUUGGACCGCUCUGGGCGCUGGAGCUUCGGGGUGCAGCGCCUGGAGCUCCGGGACUUCCGGCUGCGCUACGGCGCCUUCCCCACAGGCUAUGGGGAGACCUGGGGUGACCGCUGCUUCAAGUGCGACGCCACCUCGGGCACGCGGCUCUUCCGUAGCUCGCACUGGCGGCGCCUGGUGCAAAACCUGAGGCCGACGAAGUCGAUGCGGGCGGAAACGAACGUUAUCUGA